GAUGUGCUCAAUAUCAUUCACUCAGGGCAAUUGACGGGACUAAGAUAGGAGAGGAGAGCAGCAUGGCCCCUGAAGAAAAGUCAAAGGAGAAGCCGGUUCAAAGAGCAAUAAAGAAGAUCCGGACAGCCUCUUUAGUUAUUAGCUUAGCUCGAGGCUGGCAGCAAUGGGCCAAUGAGAAUAGUGAGAAGCAAGCCCAAGAACCUUCAGGGUGGCUGCCUGGUGGAGCUAAGGAGACAAGUGAGUCACCCAAAGAGAACCAAAAUAUAAAACCAUUAGAGCCCCUCCAAGAACAAGGCUUAGGGGGGAGUCAGAGGUGCCUAUUGGCAAACUCAUUUUCAAAUAGAGACAGGGAGAGUCUAAACAAUCUUGCUCAUGAUGAAUCUGGGGAGACCCACAUUAAAAGAAAGGAGGUAACCAAAACAGUGGUCAACAAAGUCUAUGAGCGAGGACGGGACAUUAGCCUUCUCAGCAACAGAUAUGAGAAUGACGGGACCAACUCUGAAUCGUGGCAGGAAGGGAAAGACUUGGAUCCCAUUGACAAGAUCCUGAAUAGCCACACUUCCCCAACCAGGAGGAGGAAGUGCUUGAACCUGGUGUCAGAACUAACUAAAGGCUGGAAAGAAAUAGAGCAAGAGGAACCCACUAGCCGCAGUGAUAGCAUAGACACUGAGGACAGCGGCUAUGGAGGGGAUUCUGAAGAACGGAUAGAGCAGGAAGGCAAUAAGCAAGAAGGAGACCAUGUGACUGCAGCCAGGAUUAAAAGACCUACACCUUCCCAGGCAAGUCGGUUUGCAGAGAAUCUCAGCAGCAAGGCCCAGAGGAAAUACAGCCAAGUGAGCAGCAUGAAGGGAAAAUGGCAAAAAUGGGCUGAUGAGCAUGUGCAGUCCCAAAAGCUGAAUCCCUUUAGUGAAGAGUUUGAUCAUGAGCUGGCCAUGUCCACCCGCCUGCACAAAGGGGACGAGGGCUAUGGACGCCCUAAAGAGGGAACAAAAACUGCUGAACGGGCCAAGAGAGCAGAAGAACACAUAUAUCGGGAAAUCAUGGAUCUGUGCUUUGUCAUCCGAACAAUGGCUCGCCACAGACGGGAUGGCAAAAUCCAAGUCACUUUUGGGGAACUCUUUGACAGAUAUGUACGGAUUUCUGACAAGGUGGUGGGCAUCCUUAUGAGAGCCAGGAAACAUGGACUUGUUCACUUUGAAGGAGAAAUGCUAUGGCAAGGAAGAGAUGACCAUGUGGUGAUUACCCUCUUGGAAUGAUCUUAUAACCAUAUGAAUGGAUCAGGUGAUCCAUCUUAUUUUGAUAUAAACUACAAAUAAAGAAGAGAUGUAAAGGCAAACUACUAGCUACCAGACUUGCAAAUAUUAAAUUAUUAUUUAUACAAGUUUGUAGUAAUUUGGAUCCUUUUUCAUCUAGGAGAAAUCUUGGGACACUUGUGAAAAUAGACAAAAAUGAUUAAUAUUGUUUUAUAAUAUCACUUAUAUUUGAAAAGCUGUCUUUAUCCAAAUAGCAUAGAAUAUUUUCUGAUCUAAAAUUAUCAGCUGUUUAAUGCAAAAAAUGAAGUAUUAAUGAGUUUUAAACAAAGGUAGAUAUCAUAAGGAAGGUUUUAACAAUAAGAAAAAGCCAGGAAUGCUAAUAGCAAUAACAGCAAACAACAUCAAAAAUCCCAUUAAGAACAAUUUACAUUUCUACCAAUCAUGCCAUCAUCUAGUUAGAUCCUCAAGAUUACUCCUUUAAGCAAAUAUUAUAAAAAUAACUAUUCCAGGUUAGAUAAUAUAGGUAGAAAGAGGUUGUGAUUCAUUCAAGGCCAUACAACUAGUACUAAUGAUAAGCUGAGACCCAAAUCUAUUUUUCUGAUGCCCAGUGUAACACUAUUUCUAGAAUUAUAGAUUUUGAGAUGUGUCCAUUUUUGGGGGUAUUACUAUUGAAACAUCUCUUAUAGUAGCUAAAGUAAACCUAAAAAUGACCUAAAUUAUUCAUUUUCUUGGAAAUAUAACAUCCCACAGACCCUAAAAUCAUUAAAAUAUGAUUUUGACAUCUUUGAAACUCCCAUUAUGAGUGGAAUCCACUUAGCAAGUUGCAAGAAAUUUUGCUAUCUUCCUUUCAUGUGGUCUACCCAUUGGGUGCCAUGUAAGCUAUACAUUCAAACACAAACAGCUGGAGCUCUUGGACAUUUUCCACUAUUUGACAUUUAAGUCAUCAGGGUUCAAACACCCAACAGAAUGAGGAUAAUUCUUCAAUAAAUAUUUAAUAAAGGACUGCUAUUUUCAAGAAUAAGACAAAAAUACAAAAUUCUGUCUCUGUCCUCUGUCCUCAAGUUUCAUAAAUUCCCAGAUCUUAUGGUUACAGAAAUAUAUGGAUCAUGAGAGAGAAAGAAUUCUUUUAUAAUAUAUACAUAAAAAAUUCAUGAAACAUAAGUAAUAGCCCAUGAUAUUAUUGGAAAUGACUGAAAUUUUUUUCUUAUGAUGUCUCCAGAAAAUUUGACCAAAAAUUAAUGAAAAAGUUUUUAAAUUUCUACUUUUUCAAUAAAACAUUCUCAAAAAAUUUUGAAUAAAUAAAAAAUGAUCCUGCCACACUAAUGUCCAAAAAUAUACCUUAAAAAACAGGACAAAUUGUUUAAAACAAUAGGAAACAAUCAACUUUAAAUAGUGUUUAACUCAUGGUAGAUAUUUCCUUAUUAAUGUAAAGAGAUAAUUUCAUGUAUUAUAUCAAGUUCCAAGAAUAAAAUGAAAAGACUGCAUUUUCCUUGACAGAUGGAGCAUUAAUGAUGACAAGGGUAAACAUCUGCCACAUGAGGAGUGGAACUGAUGACAUAGCAUGUAGGAUUAAGAUAAUUCUACAAGAUUUAGCAAGUUACUAAGGAGGUGUCCAAGACCACCUUUAUGGUAUAAUUUCUAGUAUGAAUAAAGAAUAUGUAAGUAUUUCUUAAUUAUGAGGCUAUGUAACCACAACACACGUCCCUUUGUAACAAUGACCAUUCAUUCACAACAAUGUAACAAGGGAAAAUACCAGUCUGAGUCAGGAAUCUCUGGGGGAUUAUUUGCGGGUUUUUCUGUUAAGGAGGUUCUCUUUCAAACUGAAAGUUCAAAUGUCUUCUUAAUGAAGAGAAGGUGUACAUUUUCUUUCAAUGGAGUUUGAACAAAGAAAAAAUUAACUAUAAUUUUUAAAUCUGUGUGUUUAAUAAGAUCAACAGAAUGUUCCAUUUUACCCUAAUAAUAAAACUUUUAUCAAACUUUAGCAUCAAAAUAUUCAAGAAUAAAAACUAUUUUUCAACACA